GUGGAAACUAGCAGUAGAAUCUAACGAUCAAUUUCGUCGAAACGAUUCGCUCUGUGGUGGCUGUGGAUCAAAAUAGAUUUAUGAAUGAGCGUCGACAGGGGACUGAACAUGCUUCACAAGCAUGGGAGCAGUAGGCCUCACAGCAGCCUGCUCUACAAGGGCAGGGGCGCCUUUCUCAAAUCGAUGUCGGAGUUCCCAGUGGAGGGAGGAGAAAACGGUGACAUGCACACUGUCAUGGAGAAUUUUCAAAAGAAAAACAUGGUGACCGGAAGGAGCCAUGUUACCCAUCAUCCACAGGUCACUUCGUCAUCACAGAUGCUGACGACGAACCAGAGCCAGAGCAGCAGCAGUUCGAGCAGGGUGGCCACCAAAUCCUCGCAGAGGAUUCUUACCUCGUCCUCGUCGAGUGAGAUGAAAGCGAGCUCAAUGAAGAGCGACCUAAGAGAACUUCAGCGCGGCAUAUCCGAGAUGAAGAACAACAUUUCAACGAAUUUUUCACAACGACUGCGCAGCAGCAUGGAAAACCUCGUGGACAGGGACACGAACGGAUCGGAGGAAGCCGAUUUGACGGAGCCGUUGGUCACGUUUCCGGAUCCGGAUACGCCGCCACCAGCCACAGGGGCGGUCACGCUGACCGGAGGAUCACCCUCCCAAUUGACCUCCUUGAACUCGUUGAACAAUCUUCACAGCAUGAGCCCACAGAUCAGCAUGUCGAAUAUUUCGAAUAUGACGAGUCUUCCUGCUGGACAGGAAACGAUGAAAUUCGAGCAGAAGAAGAUGACAAGCGCGUCCAAGACCAAGGUCGUCACGGACGGAUUCAGCGCCGAGAAAGCGACGGCGAACAGCGCCGAGAUGAGAGCUUUACAAACUGGCGACGUCUCGUACAAGGAGCAAAGCGCCGCGACGGCGGCCAGGGCCCGCGUCGAACUCGAUGGCGUCUCCGCCGAGAAAAGCGUCGCCGCUGCAAGGGAACAGAGAAGUCUAAAAGCUGGAGAUUUAUCGCACCAAGAGAGUAAUAAUAUGGCUGCAUCGACGAUGAAAUUACAGAGUGAUUCCUUCAGUUCAGAGAAGAAAGCUAUGGCAGCGCAACAACAAAGACAAACGGUCACUUCAACCGGGAUCUUCAACCACGAGAAACAUAUUUCUUCAGCAAGUUCCCAAUCAAGCAUCACAAUUGCAUCCAAAGGUGUCACUUCGAAAUCGUCAAUGAUCAGCGCAGCAAAUGCAGUAAAUCAAUUGAUGAAUGGCAUGAGGCCAGCCGAGGAUGAACUCCUUUCGCUACCUCUGGACGAUUUAGAUCUUCUAUGUUCGAAAUCAAAUUCCCAAGAUGUCGAUCGAGCUAUCACCAAGUAUUCCAAUUUCUUGGACAAUUUCGUAGAACGUUUGAAGGCUAACGAUUGUAAAAAUGACAAAGCCCCUUUAUUACUAAACAGAGUGAACGAAAUAAUUAGAAAAGCAUGGGCAGUGCCUACAUAUGGCCACGAAUUAGGUUACACUUUAUGCAAUACUCUCAGAACAAGAGGUGGUCUCGACUUAUUAAUGUCGAAUUGCGUGGCUAGCGAUCAGGAGUUACAAUUCUCCUCAGCUAGAUUGCUAGAGCAAUGUCUGACCACGGAGAAUAGGGCCCAUGUAGUAGAACAUGGUCUAGAAAAAGUGGUAAACGUCGCCUGCGUGUGUACGAAGAACGCCAACUCGGUGGACCAUUCCAGAGUAGGUACUGGAAUUCUGGAACAUUUGUUCAAACACAGUGAAGGGACCUGUAGCGAUGUGAUUAGAUUAGGUGGUCUGGAUGCUGUUCUAUUCGAAUGCAGGAAAAAUGACAUUGAGACAUUAAGACAUUGUGCAGGUGCUCUAGCCAAUCUCUCUCUCUAUGGAGGUGCAGAAAAUCAAGAAGCUAUGAUUAAGAGAAAAGUACCCAUGUGGUUAUUCCCUUUGGCUUUUCACAAUGAUGAUAAUAUCAAAUAUUAUGCUUGUCUAGCAAUCGCUGUACUAGUAGCUAAUAAGGAGAUUGAAGCUGCCGUAUUAAAAUCUGGUACUUUGGACUUAGUCGAGCCAUUCGUCACCUCGCAUAAUCCUUAUGAGUUUGCUAAAUCAAAUUUAGCGCACGCACAUGGCCAGAGCAAAAAUUGGUUGGAAAGACUUGUACCAGUAUUAAGCUCGAAGAGAGAAGAAGCUAGAAAUCUGGCGGCCUUUCAUUUCUGCAUGGAAGCGGGAAUCAAAAAACAACAGGGCAAGACUGAAAUCUUCCGUGCAAUAGGAGCCAUCGAACCGUUAAAAAAAGUAGCUAGUUGUCCUAAUGCGAUUGCGUCCAAAUACGCGGCGCAGGCGUUGCGUUUAAUUGGAGAAGAGAUUCCCCAUAAACUUAGCCAACAGGUACCUCUCUGGUCCACAGAGGACGUCCGAGAAUGGGUGAAACAGAUUGGAUUCGCAGAAUGUGCUCAAAACUUUGUAGAAAGCAGAGUUGAUGGUGAUUUAUUGCUGCAGCUAACGGAAGAGAAUCUCAAAGAAGAUAUUGGUUUGGCAAAUGGCAUCAGGCGAAAACGAUUCACUAGAGAAUUGCAGAAUUUGAAGAAGAUGGCUGAUUAUAGCAGUAGAGACACGGGGAAUUUAAAUAGUUUCUUACAAUCUAUUGGUCAGGAAUUUUCAAUCUACACAUAUAGUAUGCUGAAUGCUGGUGUUGAUAAAGAUUCUAUAAGAAAUUUAUCUGAAGACCAAUUAUUGAGUGAAUGUGGCAUUACGAACAGUAUUCAUCGAUUGAGGAUAUUGGAUGCCAUUAAAAAUAUGCAACACAAUCAGUUGGGUUCAUCGGAAGACGAAUCGCCAGAUAAAUCCUUAGAUGUAUUUGUUAGUUAUAGAAGAUCAAAUGGAUCUCAAUUGGCCAGUUUAUUAAAAGUUCACUUACAAUUGCGAGGUUUCUCUGUAUUCAUCGAUGUUGAAAGGCUAGAGGCUGGCAAAUUCGAUAACAAUUUAUUGCAAAGUAUCAGACAAGCAAAACACUUUCUCCUUGUGCUAACGCCCAAGGCUUUGGAAAGGUGUAUACAAGAUAACGAAUGCAAAGACUGGGUUCAUAGGGAAAUUGUAGCAGCUCUACAAUCGCAAUGUAAUAUAAUUCCCAUCAUAGAUAAUUUUCAAUGGCCAGAGCCUGAGGAACUUCCUGAAGAUAUGCGAGCAGUUUGUCACUUUAAUGGUGUACGAUGGAUUCACGAUUAUCAAGACGCUUGCGUAGACAAGCUUGAAAGGUUUAUGCGAGGAGAAAUACCAGUCAGAUCAGAUAUUCCAAGAAGCAUUGCACCUAAAGAUGUGACACAACCAAAUACACCGGGUAAUACGAACAUUCGACAACCACCAAACUACCAACGUAUGCACAGUAAUGAAAGCAGAGGUAGUGAUAAAGAUUCAACAGGAGGACGAGAUUGACUAGAGGGCCCGCCCACAGCUAUAUCAAACAGGCUUAGAAAAUCAUCAAGUCCGUCCCGUUGGUUAAUAGGUUUACCACCUACGUCUCCGAGAUUGAAGUUCAUUCACACACAUCCUGGAGGAAGUCCAGUGCCGCAAAGACCUCCGCGAUAUCCUCCUUCUCCAUCUACUAGAUCUCGUUCAUUAGAAUUAUUAGAUCCAAAUGAGAAAAAAUCAGUCUCGCCUGUUAAAGAAUCAGAAGCACAAGUGAGACCAAGGUCUAGAAGCUUAGAUGGCUUACUAGAUGAAGAUAGUGUAGUGCCAGAUAUGAAGACUGAAGAGUCGUCUAAGCUAUGUAACGAUAGUAAAAUUGAUUCUAAAAUAUCUCUGAAGCCUUUAGACAAACUUUCUGGUAUUAAAAUAGAAGAUAAUCUUUCUCAAAUUGUAUCACAAAAAAUACAGAAUGAAGUAGAAGGAUCAAUCGUUAAUCUUUAUUCUAAUGAAUCUAAUGAUCAAAAAACAAAUGAGAAUCAGAGUCCAAUACCAGUUCCUAGGCAACGAUUGAAAACAGAAACGAAAUCAGAAUCAGUCACUGUUAUUCAACAAGAAGAAAUUCAAAAAUCAAGUUCUGAAGAGAAUAGUAUUAAAGAAGAACACUUAUUAAUGCGACCAUCGAAACCAUAUCGAUUUGUGAGUGUGGAUACUUCGAGUAUGGAACAUGAGAAAGAGGACUCUCAGACAAGCUCAGAAAAUAUCGAUCCUUGUGAUAGUGCAGAAUUAAAAAAACGAUUGGUGGUAACGGGAAAUGAUAAAUCUACACUUCUUAAAGCGAAGAGCUGUGGUGCGGGAUUAGAUUCCGACGAAAAUAUUUUAUCAAACGAAUAUAAAUCUAAGUCGCAAGAAGAAGGUUCAUUACUUUCACUUCCAACAGGAGCCGAGCCGAAACGAAAGAAAAAUUUUAUGGAUAAAUGCGUAAAUAAAGUGCGGUCUUUCAUGAAGAAAUAACUUUCUUCAAAUUAUGGCAAUAUAAAGACUUGUUAUUUAAUUUUACAAUUUGAUUAAUUAUAGUAAAUAUGUUGUCGAUCGAGCUUGGUAAAUCCAACUAUACGACUUCUUGCAACCAAAUGUGGUAUAUGUAUAUUCGCUUAAAAUUGUUUUUCUAUUCUGUAUUAAAUGUUUUCGAGAUUUAUAAACUUGCCUCGAUAAACAAUAUUUUUCUCUCUCUUUUUUUUUUUUAAUUUCAUAAUGAUCGUAAUGAAUGUACAUAUUUAAAAUGUUUAAAAGGACAAAAAGGAAAAGAAUAAUAUAAAAUUUUUCUAAAAUUAAUUUCCUAUUAACUGUGAAUAUACAUGAUACUUAAAAAAUGUAUAGCAAAUAAAAAAAAUGAUUAUGAAAUAUUGCUAAUGAAGUUACGAAUUAUCGUAAUCUUACUUCUGUACAAUACAGGCAGCAUAAAAAUGUAAUUAAUAUUGUGCCUAAAGAAAAGCCUUCAGAAAUCCAGGAUUGAGAAAAUGAAUAAAUGAAUGAGUGAAUGAAUGAAAAUGAAAGUGAGAGAAAGAGAUGCGAAAAAAAGAGAAGUACGAGAUAUUUUCGAUGUAAUACAAACAUGAAAAAGUAACCUGUUUUUUCAGGUAACUUUUAUAUUUCCUUAUCAAAUUGUAUUAUAGAUUAUACAUAUAAAUGCGUAGAUAGAUAGCAUUGCUAUUUGUAAUACUAUUUUUUAGUCGGUUUUUUAGAUUAUCAUAAUGUGUUUCACUUAUGACAUAUGUCGUCAGUGAUGGCAGCUAACCCGCACGAAAUAACAAAAGAAAUUUAAACGUAACAAUUGGUUACGAUAUUAUUUUAUCGUUUUUACUGUAUCACUUUUAACUGAGGUUAUUUUACAUACGUACAUAGAAAGUUCAAACAAAAUCUAUAUGAAAUGAAUUACGAAGCUUCGACGUAUAUUAUUUUAAAGACCUAUCUAAAAAUUGAGAAAUGUAUAUUUUACCAAAGUUUCGUAAAGUAAAAGAAUUUUA